AUGUUGAUUGGUGGAUAAAUGAAUGUCUUCAAAAGAAGUGACCAUUAGCCAAAUGAAAGCCAAUUAGUGACAGGAAGACUUCUGGGACGAAGAAAAUGACAUUUUUAACGUUUAUCUUUUUUCUCUGAGAACUUUCUUGCUCUUCCGAAAUCAAUGAAUUGAAUAGUGCGUUACAAUUACUGUUGAAAUGUGUCUGUUAUUGUGAAGUGUUUAGGAUAUAGCCUAGUUUAGCAAAUAGAUUUAUUUUGUGAAAGUUUAGUUAAAAGCAGAGUUGUUAUACAUAGAUUUUUAUUGGCGCAUCAAAGUUUUCAAGAAAAUGAUUUUUCUAUUUUUGAUUUGAUGAGUGUUUUGCUGGUUGUCUGUACUGUAGACAAUGAUUGCAUUUAUUAAGCUUUUAAGACGAACUAUCAACUCAUUUUUAACAUCGCUGGUGUUUUUUGCUAUCCUAGCUGUCGCUGUGCUAAUGUGGGGAAUCUCCACCCACAUGUCCGUUAGAAAUAUUGGCAAGCUCAGUGCAAUGAAGCGAUCUAGUGAAAAUAACGACGCCAACUCCUACAUCGAGACUCUCAGUAUGACAGAAAUGGAAACUUCCCUCCCAGUAAGGAAAGAAGUCGACAAUUCAUUUACUCAUUCACAGUUUGUGUCCGAUAAAUCUGAACAGCAGGAUAUUAAUGCACCGGAGGAGAAAACACAAAACAAGGGUCUUAAUUUACGCAGCAGGCAAGAAUAUUUUAUACCUCCUCCGGGCGAUGUUCCUGUCAGGAGAUUUCCUCAAGCGGUGAUCAUCGGCUUUGGUAAGUGUGGCACCAGGGCCAUGUUGACAUUUCUGAGUUUACAUCCCUACAUCGUCAUACACCACGAGGAGGUACACUUCUACACAGAGGACAAGCUCUACGCUAAAGGAUACAAGUGGUAUCUCAACCAAAUGCCAUUUUCAUACAGCAAUCAAGUGACUAUGGAGAAAUCCCCAGACUACGUGUGUUCCAACAGAGCCAGACAAGAAAUUGCAGAACAUUUCCCAGACUGUAAGCUCAUUGUGCUGGUUCGCAAUCCCGUGGUCCGCAUUGUAUCAGCUUUCCUUCAAAGAUUCCGAUUCAAAGAGCCGAGUCAGCGACCACCUAUGAAUGUCACGUACAUGAACACAAAAACUAAUGAAUUCAAUCCAAAUGCAUCGGCAGUGGACGUCGGCAUCUUUCACAAGCAUCUGUCUCCAUGGCUACGGACGUUCUCACGAGAUAACAUUCUUGUAGUUUCCGACGAAUCUCUCACGACAGAUCCACUCAGUGUUCUUAAAAGAGCCGAGAAAUUUCUGAACAUUCCGCCCAUGCUAAAUGAAGACAACUUCUACUACAAUGAAACGUCUGGAUUUUACUGCUGUCGGCGAUAUUCGACAGACGAACAGCCUCGGUGCAUGAAUAUUAACAAGGGCUGGAAACAUCCCGAGCUUCCAGCAGACGAUGAGAAAAUGUUAUAUGAUUUCUACAGGCCCCACAAUAAAAAACUGUUUAAACUUUUAAAUGAGACUUACAAUUGGGAAAAAACAUAGAUCUUAAUGAAAAUGAUACGAGUUGGCAUUAGUUUAUAAAACAAAACAUGUAAGGUCAUAUAUAAGAACAUUUUGUCGUCUUUGUGUUCUCUCAAAUUCUAUGUAGUUGUAGUUAAGGUUUGAUUGAUUCGCUAUGGAAUUUUUCUUCUUUACCUACAUAUAGUGUCUAUUAUAUAUAACUUUAAUAUUGAAAAGUCGACCUAUAUAUAACUUUAAUAUUGAAAAGUUGACCUAUAUAUAUAACUUUAAUAUUGAAAAGUUGCCCUAUAUAUAACUUUAAUAUUGAAACGUUGACCUAUAUAUAACUUUAAUAUUGAAAAGUUGACCUAUAUAUAACUUUAAUAUUGAAACGUUGACCUAUAUAUAACUUUAAUAUUGAAAAGUUGACCUAUAUAUAACUUUAAUAUUGAAAAGUUGACCUAUAUAUAACUUUAAUAUUGAAAAGUUGACCUAUAACGUUGAAAAUACAAGAUGGGUUGGGAAAGAGUGAGUGAAAGAAAAUGCUGACAUUGUACAGUAGACCUAUUAUAUAUAGUCAUUGAAAUAAUUAACUCAUAAAAAGCCUACUCACUAGUUUUUAUAUUAUUAUUAAUAUUUUCUAUUUGAUAAAGUAGAUAUAACUAUUAAGAUAAAAAAACACUAUUAAACAAACAUAACUUUUUUUCUUGGCUGCCCCUAAAGAGGAAAAUGCUGCUACUCAUUUUGUGUUGUCUAGCCAGUUUAUAGAUCUUAAAAACUAAAAGAACUACAAAAGUUCGUGUUCACUUGAUUCUGUAGCGUGCCAUUCUCUCUAAAUAGGAAAAGUCUUGCAACGUUCACACAUGGUAAUAUUCUGGCUGGUGACAAGACAUCCUUCAUUAUUUCACAUAUUUAGUAGGAAGAUUGCUUUGAGAUAAUUGAUAGAUUGUACUUGAUAGUUUCAGAUAUUCCCAAAAUAAAGGUUUCCUAUUACUUUUUGUUAUCCAAGUGUAUAUUUAGUCCUUUAUAUUAACAUUGACUACAAUAAGUCAUUAGGUCAGUUAUUUUCACCCUCAUGUUCGUGUUCAAACAAAAAAACAAACAACUUCUGGGCCUGCACUUCUCACCAAACAAAGGGAAAGCUGGGCUCUAAAACUAAAUGGAGACCAAGAUGGGCUAGACAUAUGUACUCAUGAACAGUAUAUAAGCCUUCUUUUUAUUUUGCCAUAUUGUAAUACCAAUGUAAAUGUACAAGUGUGAAUGUUAAUUUAAACAUGAUUUGUCGGAAAAGUUGGAUUUGCUUUUAAAAUAAACAAAAUUUUUAAACAUA